GUAACUGUCAGUCAAAGGACAUUUAAAUGGCUGCACUGUAUUCUACUGCAUAUUUCCACUGUACGUCGACAAUUAUAACAGGACAAAUGUAGCGUGUAACGUGUCUCUGCGCUGGUGCUACAGCGGUUGUACUCCAUAUAUACAUUGAAGUUUUAAUCCGAAAACCAUUUUUUGUGUACUGAAUAGUGCGGUAAGAGCAGACAUGAGCGAGGAGGAAGAGGGUUUGCAGAGAACGAGACAGGGGUUCGAAGACCUCUGUCGCGCGCUCAACAUGGACGAGGAGGCGCGCACCGAAGCUUGGAAAAAUUAUCAAAAUAUUAAUAAGAAUUAUACUUUAGAGGGCAGCGAAUUGCACUGGCAGGCCUGCGCCUUGUAUGUCGCGUGUAGGACGUCGGUUCCAACUGUGGGCAAAGGCACAGCUGAAGGAAACUACGUGUCUCUGACCAGGAUCCUGCGCUGUGCUGAGCUCAGUCUCAUUGAGUUCUUCAGCAAGAUGAAGAAGUGGGAGGACAUGGCCAACCUGCCCCAGGAGUUCCGCCAGCGGACCGACAAGCUGGAGAGGAACUUCACUGUGUCGGCAGUCAUUUUCAAAAAGUACGUCCCCAUCUUCCAGGACAUCUUUAGGCCACCAUCAGACGACCCGCCCAGGGUGCAGAGGGGCCGUAAGCAGCGGCGUCACCCAUGCACUGUCACAGAGGUCUUCAACUUCUGCUGGACCCUCUUUGUCCAUGCCAAAGGAAACUUCCCCAUGAUCAGCGAUGACCUGGUGAACUCGUACCACCUGCUCCUGUGUGCUCUCGACCUGGUCUACUGUAACGCUCUGCUGUGCUCCAGUCGCAAGGAGCUGCUGAACCCAGCCUUUAAAGGCCUGCCUGCAGACUUUGGCAGCAGGGAUUUCAAGCCCGGCCUGGGGCCGCUGUGCUUCAUCGAGCAGCUGUGCAAACUGCACGAUGGCCUGGUGCUGGAGGCCAAGGGGGUGAAGGAGCACUUCUGGAAGCCUUUCAUCAGGAAGCUGUUCGACAAGAAGGUUCUGAAGGGGAAGGAAGAAAGUCUGACCGGCUUUUUGGAUCCAGCAAAUUUUGGGGACAGUUUCAUGUCCCUGGGGCGGGUGUAUGAGGAGCGCGUGUUGUCCACGGGCAGCCUGGAUGAGCGCAUCUUCUUGGGGGAGACUGCCAACGCGGACAUCGGCACCCCGGGUCCCUGCCUCUGUGCAGGGGGUAUGGAGAACACAGAGCAACCCUUGAACCGGCUGCUGGGGGCCCAGACUACGUCGGCCCCCCACCCGCCCACUCCCCUGACGGGCCGCAGGUGUGCGCCUGAUGGUGGUGGCGGGACACCUGUUUCCACAGCGAUGCAGAGCGUUAGCCGCCUUCACAGCUUGCUGGCAGGACUGCGCAACAGCCCUAGCGAGAGGUUAGCCACCAUACUCAGGGAAUGUAUCAGAGACCCCAGCGAGGCCAUCGCCAGUCGGCUGAAGGACAUGUCUGAUCUCUUCUGCCAGCACUACCAGGCUACGACAGAGGAUGGUGGAGGCUUGGCCAGAGAGGUAGCAGCAAAGUACUUCCGACUAGCUGAGGCUCUGUACUACAAGAUCCUGGAAGCUGUCAUUGAGCAGGAGAAGAAGAGGCUGGGAGACAGUGACCUGUCUGUGAUUCUGGAGCAUGACCUGUUCCAUCGUUCUCUGCUUGUGUGCUGCCUGGAGAUUGUCAUCUUCUCCUACCGGCCGCCAGGAGACUUCCCACGGGUCAUCGAGAUCUUCGACCUGCCGCCCUAUCACUUUUACAAGGUUAUCGAGGUGCUGGUCAGGGCUGAGGAGGGACUCUUUCGGGAGGUGGUAAAGCACCUGAACCGCAUAGAGGAGCAGGUGCUGGAAAGCCUGGCCUGGAGUACAGGAUCUCCUCUGUGGGACAGCAUUCGAGAGGCCAAGAACCAUGUGCCCACCUGCCAGGAGGUGAUGCCUGCCCAGAAUUUCGAGGGUGCGGAUUGCAGCUCCAGCACAGUCGGCAGUCCCCUCACCCCAAGCCGCAUGAGUGAGCCACGCACCAACACUGCGGGUACAGCUAGAGGCCUGGCCCCAUCCCCCACCACCCUCCAUGGACGCUACAGCUCGCCCCCUGCUAGCUCUGCACGCCGUCGGCUGUUUGUGGAUGGUGAAACAACCUCUGACCCACCGACACCAGUCAGAGUGUCCCAGUCUCCCCUUAUCAGUACUAUAGCAGCUGGUCAGACGGUGGUCACCAUGGCAACGGCCACUGUCACAGCCAACAAUGGACAAACAGUCACCAUACCUGUACAAGGGAUAGCCAAUGAGAAUGGGGGCAUUACGUUUAUCCCCGUUCAAGUGAGUGUCACAGGGCAGGGGAGCAGCACUCUGCAGCCCCUCACCGCGCAGACCCUAGCAGGGACCCUGAACACACAGCAGCUCGCUAGCACCGCUCCACAGGCCACUCCUCUGGACAACCCCUCAGCCGGACAGCAGGCCAAAAAGGCAGAACCCCAGAGUCCAGCCACAAACAAGCCAGCUAAAACCGGGUCCCUCUCCCUCUUCUUCCGCAAGGUGUAUCACCUAGCCAGUGUACGCUUGCGGGACCUUUGUGCUAAGCUGGACAUCUCGGCAGAGCUUCGUAGGAAGAUAUGGACCUGCUUCGAGUACUCGCUGGUUCACUGCACGGAGCUCAUGCUGGAUCGCCAUCUGGACCAGCUACUCAUGUGCGCCAUCUACCUCACGGCAAAGGUGACUAAAGAGGAUAAGUCAUUCCAGAACAUAAUGAAGUGCUACCGGACUCAGCCCCAGGCCAGCAGCAGUGUAUACCGCAGUGUCCUGAUCUCAGGCAGGAAGAGGAGUCACUCUGGUAGCAGUGACCAUGCCGGGAGGCAGACGUCCCCCAGUAAGAGCAGCCGAGAGCACAACAGCAGCCCAGUGCACAUGCGCUCCAGUAGCACCCUGCCUGUCUCCCAGCCGAGCAGUGCCCCUGGCACCCCCCCACGCCAUGCCAGCGACCCUGCAGGGCCUCAGGAGGAAGAGCGCGGAGACCUCAUCAGCUUCUACAACAACGUGUACAUCAAACAGAUGCGCGACUUCGCCCUGCGCUUCUCCGGCGGAUCCGCGGCUGAACAGGGGAUAGAUGGCCCGCCUCUGUCCCCAUACCCCUCCCUGAGGACUGGGUCCCCACGCCGGGUGCUUCUCUCCCACAAACACUCAAUCUACAUCUCGCCCCACAAGAAUGGCAACCCCCUAUCCCCCCGGGACAAGAUCUUCUACUAUAUCUGUGCCAGUCCCUCCAAGCGACUGCGGGAGAUCAACAGCAUGAUCAGAACCGGAGAGUCGCCCACCAAGAAGCGCAGCAUGACGCUGGACGACGGCGCUGCUCUUUCACCCGCCAAGCGGCUCUGCCAGGAGAACCAGACUGCCCUGCUGCGCAGACUGCAGGACGUGGCCAAUGACCGCGGCGCCCACUGAUACCUAGCUGCCCGUUGGCCCCUGCCGAGCUCAACUGUUGUGUCUUACAGUCCAGUGCUCAUCUGGAGUUGGUGGUUAAGGUCCUGAGGCUUCUCCAGUGGUGAGGUUCCUCCCCAGUGGUUUGUGUCCUUUGUAGUAAGCACCAGCACAUGGCCCAGCACACAAAGCUAGUGGUAGAAUGCUCCAGCCUCUACCUGUCUGCCUGCCUGCCCCUAGAGGCGUUGGAGCCCCCAGGACUCUGGGUGGGCAACAGAGAGUUCUGGAAAAGACUUUGCACAGUUCAGCUUAGUUCCAGCUUCCAGUAUCUCCCGGUCUGGGACUGGCUUGCUUCCCCAUUCGUCUCUGUCCGUUCGUCUUUAAUUACUAAGUCACCUCUCCGACUAUGAUAUUGAGUAUUCCAUGUUCAAAAUGGAAUAAUUUUUAUAGUCAUAAGAGAAAAGGUAUUUUAGAGAACCGAUUUUAGGUGCUUAUCUUUUAUGCUUUUCACCAGUUUAUAUCAAAUUAUAUCAAUAUUUUUCCAUCUUUAGCAUUUCAGGAGACUAGUAACCGUUGUCUGUAGUACAUCCCCUAAGUGUACAUGUUUUCCUUUAAUAAUCAUGCGUUACUUAAGUGUACACAUCCCUUUUGAUCUCUGAUCAUGCUGUGGAAACCCGGCUCACAAAUGCUUUGCGCUAGUCAAGACAAUGAGUUUGUGAUUUGUCACCUUCAAAUGUUUUGUAGAAGCUACCUGUAGACAUGUACAUAUUUGUAAAUAAGAUGGACUUGUAGUUUUCAGUAUAACUGCAAAGUGCCUUUGCUGUGUUGAUUUAGAAUUUUCUGUCCUGCUUUAUUUUACCUUUCUAACACUGUGGCUGUCUUGUAUCCUGUCAACAAUCCAAUAAUCUCUCCCAUACAAUAAAG